AGGUGAUCAUGUUUUGCAAAUCGUUCUAUCAACUGAACUACAAUCAGAAGGGUUUUACACCAUAGUCAAAACUUUUUAAAAUCGAUUGGGCUUCUGCUCCCUCAGCCCUUAUCACUGGUGUUUAGGAAUGCCUGUUCAAUGAUGGCACUAGAGUAAUGCCAUGUCUUAUAUGUGGCCAAUAUUUUGUUCACAGUUGAACAUCGGAAUGCACAUUCCGUGGUAACGGUUAAUACGUACUUAGUGUAAUCGAUACUUUCGACACGCGUAACGAGGUAACAAGCUGAGACAUGUUCGAACUUGGUAGGACUUGUAUUGGUGGUUGGAACUGUUAGUUUAGUUGCGGGUGUGGAUUGUUUUAGGUGUAAAAUCGUGAAACAAGAGUUGAAAUAAUGAGCUUAAAACGAAGUGGAGCAGCCGCUUUUGAUGGACAGAGUGUUACUGGGGCGAAGGUACCGAGAUUUAAUUUUCAUAUUGUGUUAGAAGAGGAGUCUGAACAGCCGACUGAUGAAGAUGAAGAAAGUGUUCAUAGUAUUCAAGCGAAGGCGACAGAUUAUGCCAAAGAUACGAGUGACACCUCAUCUCAUAGAGAUUGGACUGAUGAAGUUACUAUGGAUGUAGAGUAUGAGGUGAAAAGUCUUUCAGAGCAAGAAAACCCUCUUGGUGAUGGCAGCUUGUCCUCUGAUACAGAUGAUGUAAUGUGUGCAGCAGGCAUGAUGGUGCUCUGUAAUGAUGAACUUAGUCUGUGUGCUGAUAGCUCAGAGAUUUCAGACUGUCAGCUGACCAUUGAUCCUGAGGUACCUCGAGGUGAUUACUGGGCGUGUGUGCAGUGCAAGAAUAGGAACAAUAAUCCUCUUUUCCGAUAUUGUGAGAAAUGUUACAAGAGGCAGAUAUGUAUGCAGUGCAAAAUUUCUAAGAAGUUUCCUUGCUUUCUCUUCUGUGAGGUUUGUUUUAAGGUUCGAAAGAAUUUCUUCCCUCCACGACCACGCAGAAAGAAGAGGAAAAGGAAAUGUUCUUAUUCUCGUAAUAAACUGAGCUCUGUCAGGAAGUCAUCCACUGCACCUGCAGUUGGUUUAUCGGACAUUCCUGAUGAGAUUGUGGUACGCAGUGGUGCAGUUGACAUUGCAGGACCUUCAAAUGUUCGUGUGGAUAGUGGUUUAGGAUCAAGUCUGGAAUCUUCAUACCAAACAGAAUCUAAAUGUGAAAGUGAUUCACAAGGAUUAUCUGGUAUCUCUAGCAAUGGUAACUCUGACUUGUGUAUGACAUGUACGACAAAUCCAAAAAAUGGUAUAUUUGUCCACGGCAAAAUAGGUCAUAUAUGUUGCUGUUAUAAGUGUGCAUUAAAGGUUUGGACACAAGCUAGAAGGUGCCCUCUAUGUAAUUGUAAGGUUAACAAUGUGCUUAAAGCUAUAGUUGUAUGAAAUUGAAGUGUGCUGCAGUUCACAGCCAUUCUUAACUGUAUUCUGCAUUGACCUUUGUUAUUUGAAAAGUUUCAUUUACUUGUAACAAUAAAAAUUACGUAUGUUUUAUUUA